GAAGUGGGGGCGCUGCCGCUGGUGCUGGGGCCCGAGGAGGGACGCGCCGGAGCGGGGCCGCCGGGACUGAGCGAGCGACAGACGCGCCACCCGCCGACGCCGCAGCCGCUUGGGGCCCGCACGGACCCUCUGCCUGAGUAUAGAAUGAGCCAAGGGGAUUCAAACCCAGCAGCUAUUCCACAUGCAGCAGAAGAUAUUCAAGGAGAUGACAGAUGGAUGUCUCAGCACAACAGAUUUGUCCUGGACUGUAAAGACAAAGAGCCUGAUGUACUGUUUGUGGGGGAUUCCAUGGUGCAGUUAAUGCAGCAAUAUGAGAUAUGGCGAGAGCUUUUUUCCCCACUUCAUGCACUGAAUUUUGGAAUUGGGGGAGAUACAACAAGACAUGUUUUGUGGAGACUAAAGAAUGGAGAACUGGAGAAUAUUAAACCUAAGGUCAUUGUUGUCUGGGUAGGAACAAACAACCAUGAAAAUACGGCAGAAGAAGUAGCAGGUGGAAUCGAGGCCAUCGUCCAACUUAUUAACACAAGGCAGCCACAGGCCAAAAUCAUUGUAUUGGGUUUGUUACCUCGAGGUGAGAAGCCCAACCCGUUGAGGCAAAAGAAUGCCAAGGUGAACCAGCUCCUCAAGGUUUCCCUGCCGAAGCUCACCAACGUCCAGCUCCUGGACACAGACGGGGGCUUCGUGCACUCGGACGGUGCCAUCUCCUGCCACGACAUGUUUGAUUUUCUGCACCUCACGGGAGGGGGCUACGCCAAGAUCUGCAAACCCCUGCAUGAACUGAUCAUGCAGUUGUUGGAGGAGACCCCUGAGGAGAAACAAACCACCAUCGCCUGACUGGCUCCCAUCAGUGUUACUUGCACCCCAGCUUCCUCAGAUCAGUUAUAUCACUGGCACUACAGAAUCCUUCUCUUUCCUAAGGCACUUUGCAUUGUAGAAUGUUCCUGGAUGUUCAUAUCUAGUGUUUGAAGGGGAGGAGGGAUUUAAACUGGUCCUGUACAUAGAAGGUUGGUUUGACACAGGAGGCAAAUUAGCCAAGGAAGAUUGUUGUUUAAAUUCGUUUGAAACCAGAAGGGGACUUUUUAGUUGUACGUGUGACACACUCAUUGAAUUAUCACAGUUUUUCCUAGGACAACAUCGAGCCUAAGGACGGAACGAAAUGAAGAUUUUUUUUCAUGGCCUUUCUUUCUAUGGAUUAUGUCAUAUAGAGUAACGAUCAGGACCCACACCUACUUGGCUUUAAUACAGAUGUCUUUUCCAGUUUUUAAAGUUCA